AUGACUCCCCACACCCACACAAAGUCCCACAGACGGUUCACCAGCCCCCUGACUCCCCACACCCCCACAAAGUCCCACAGACGGUUCACCAGCCCCCCUAACUCCCCACACCCCCAUAAAGACCCACAGACGGUUCACCAGCCCCAUGACUCCCCACACCCCCACAAAGUCCCCCAGACGGUGCACCAGCCCCCCAUGACUCCCCACACCCACACAAAGUCCCACAGACGGUUCACCAACCCCCUGACUCCCCACACCCACACAAAGUCCCACAGACGGUUCACCAGCCCCCCUGACUCCCCCACACCCACACAAAGUCCCCCAGACGGUUCACCAGCCCCCAUGACUCCCCACACCCACACAAAGUCCCACAGACGGUUCACCAGCCCCCUAACUCCCCACACCCCCAUAAAGACCCACAGACGGUUCACCAGCCCCAUGACUCCCCACACCCACACAAAGUCCCACAGACGGUUCACCAGCCCCCCUGACUCCCCACACCCACACAAAGUCCCACAGACGGUUCACCAGCCCCCUGACUCCCCACACCCACACAAAGUCCCACAGACGGUUCACCAGCACCCCUGA